GCCCGGUCUUGCGGAGUGAAAAACUCUCCUACGCCCACCCUAAAGGAUCCCGCGCAGGAAGUCGGAAACAUCUCUACAUCUCCGGGACAGCCGGCGGCACCGCUGGGCAGAAGCCCGCGCGUCCCAUAUUCGGGUGACUGGGAAUGUAAACAAGAAUAAGCUGUUUGUUUCCUGAUGGCUUUUAGCAUAUACUGACAUACUGUUUGUGAUGGCAUCUGAGACUGAGAAGACCCAUGCUUUACUCCAGUCUUGUAGCACCGAAUCUCUUAUUUCCAGCCUUGGUCUGGGCAUUUUCUGCCUAGUAGCUGACAGACUUCUUCAGUUUUCCAUAAUUCAACAAAAUGACUGGCUUCGUGCACUCUCAGAUAAUUCAGUACAUUGCGUGAUUGGCAUGUGGUCAUGGGCAAUAGUCAUUGGAAUCAAGAAGAAGACUGACAUUGGAGAAAUCAUUUUAGCUGGAUUUUUAGCCUCUGUUAUUGAUAUAGACCACUUUUUUCUAGCUGGAUCCCUAUCUUUAAAGGCUGCUAUUACUCUUCCACGAAGACCUUUCCUUCACUGUUCUACUGUGAUACCCGCUGUGGUUCUGACCCUGAAGUUUACGAUGCACCUUUUCAAGCUCAAAGAUUCAUGGUGCUUUCUUCCCUGGAUGUUAUUUAUAUCCUGGACCUCACACCAUGUUCGAGAUGGAAUUCGCCAUGGCUUGUGGAUAUGCCCAUUUGGAGAAACUUCUCCUUUGCCAUUUUGGCUUUAUGUAAUAAUCACAUCAUCUUUACCUCACAUCUGUUCAUUUGUUAUGUAUUUCACAGGGACCAGCCAAGUGAUGUCUUCAAAACAUGGAAUUCAUAUUGAUGUCUGAGAUAACCAUAUGGCAGUCUUAAAGAACCAAUGGUUGAGACAAUGACAGCCAACAUUAAAGUGAAUUUAAAAAACAUGUUAGGUACUUAUAUUAAUUAUAAGAUGUAUAAUGAAUGCUAACAUGUCUUUAUUUCAUAUAUUUUCAUCCUGACUGAAGUUUAAUUUGCCAAGUACUUUAGUGAGUUGUGAUCACUGGCAGAAACUGCUUUCGUGCACUUAUGUUAUAAUAUUCUUAAAAGACAGUAACAUUAGACCUAGGUUACUGUUUCAGAAAUAACUUUAGGAAAUAAUUAUUAUAAUAUGUUGACUGUAGUAACAUUCUACCAAAGUAGUAUUUUUUCAUUAUCUUUGUCCUCAAAUCUCAUGUGUUGGAGUUUUAACUGUUUUGAAAAACAUAACUAAAUUUAACAAAAUAUUUGUUUAAAAUUAACAUUAACAAAAUAUUGAUGCUUGACUCAUAACCAUAAAAUUCACAAAAAAAGGACCUAACCAAUAAUGUCAUUUCAAAUGUAAACUCCUGAAUGUGCCAUUAAAAUUGUUUUAGUUGCUGUCAAUUUGUUUACAUACUAUUCUAAAAUAUUAUACCAGUUAAAUCAUUUUUUAAAAAUUUGCCUGAUA